AUGUUGCUGAAUUUCGUGGUAUUACUUGGACUAUGCUUUGUCCCAUCACGACAGGAAGAGUACGAAACCUCUACCACGGGCUCGUACUCCGAGCACCACGUCUACGGCCAUCAUAUGGAAUAUUCGGUGCAGAUGGGACCACAGACCGACGGGAAAGCGAGGGUCAGGAUGGAAUACGGCCAACUCGGCCGCCCGACCGUAUUCACCCAAAUGGACGUGCCGGCCGAUUUUUCGGCUGACUAUGGGAUGAAUCCGGAAAAGCACGACGGCCUAAAAUACGCAGGAUUUGACCAACCACCCCGGAAGCUACAGUUUUCCGCGCCAACGGAUGAUGGAAGCGAUGAAUCGACCAAUAAUCUGGAGAACGACUUGAAAGAAAAGUACCCCCAUUUCUCGACGGAGAUGGACGAGCUGAUGCGGGAGGAAUCUGAGCAUCUACUGCAUCGACUCUUCCAGAAAUUCCCCAUAUUUGACGACGCGUUUUUCGAGGCCAACCCCCUCCCCAGCCGCGAGUGCAAAACGACGCUGAUACCGGAUAUUGAAGUCAGCCGCGAGGCCGUGCAAACUAGAAUCAAAAAGUCGGUGGCCAGCUCCGAGAAGAAGGCGCGCAGCAAAGAGAGCCAGGCUAAGUCGCAGCGCUCCGGCCGUACGAAGAAGGGGGGCAGCGGCAAGAUCAAGCGCAGCACCUCGACGGCCUCGGAGAAAAAGUCGAAAAAGACAAAAUCGCAGGGUGCCGUCGACUCGGGCCGCUCGGCCGCGGAACGUGGGCACAAAGAUGCGAAAAUGUCCAAGUGCCCGGUGGGCGACUCGGGAAAUUCAGGAAAGGAAAAGAAGAAGAAAAAGUCUGGCGGCGCAGGCGGCGGAGAGCCGAUUGAUCAGGACAACGACACGCAGGACUCGCUGAUUAGCCCGAUCAGCCCCUCGAAAGACCCGGGCGUCUCCGGUGGACGGAUCAAGAAAACGAUGGCCAUGACGGUUUUUGAAAAAGUGGACGCGCCGAUGAGCCCGGCUGUGACCCACGUCGAGGUACACAUGAUGAAGUGGAAGGACGAGGGCGAAGAAGGAAUGGCGCAUUAUUUUUUUCGCCACCUUCAACUUCACAACGCUUGGCUGUUAUCUUCUUCAACGUCUUCCGUUUUCCCUGGGUCCUUAUUGGUCUGUAAAAUGGGCUCUUCUCUUUCUCUCGGCUUCUUCUCUUCUCCCCCUUCAACUUCAACAACGCUAAAUGGCGAAAAGCACGAAAAACUACCUUUGGGUCUUAAUGACAUUCAAUCUAUAUUGUCGAUUCGAGGAUUAAAAAGGCUUGGUACCAGCCGGAAGGCGCCAAAGAAAAAGGCAAAGCUACGCUCCACUACGAAAAGCGGCGACGAUCCUCGUGAGGUGAAAGAGAAGGAGAAGCAGUAUGUGCAGAUCAAAGGCCUAAAACCGCCCGAACAGCACAAGGAGACGUCACAGCGCAGCCGACGCGGCUCCAAGGGAAAUAAGCAGAAAUCGGUCGACGAUAAAAAGGAAGCGAUGAUGGCCGAAUCGAGGAAAGGCUCCGGGAAGACGAUGAAAAAGAAGGGCAACAAGACGAAGCGCUCCACUGAGGAAAAGAAGAAAGAAAAGGAGCCGAACAAGUCGGGCAAGGAGGACGUGAAAAAGGACAACAAGGAAGCGAAGGAGAACAAGGAGAACAAAGACAGCAAAGACGCCAGGGAAGCCAAAGAACCCAAGGAAAAUAAGGAGAACAAGGACGCCAAGGAAAAUAAGGAAGCCAAGGACAAUAAGGAAUCUGGUCGUGAUGGCCAAUACGUCCCGCUCGCCUCUACAGUCACCAAGUCGCCGAGCGGCACCGCAACUUCUCAACGCGAAAAGAAAAAGGCCGCCGCCGCCCGCGGUGGUCAGUACGCCAAGCUGGACAUCCCCGCGAACAGCCCGUUGCUCAACGUCAGCCUCACGCAAGAUUCCCUGGAAAAAGCGGUGUCGCCCGGCGCCGAGGGCCACGAGAAUAUCCCGCGAAAGUCGCGCGACAAAUCGAUGGAGAUGACGGUUUUUGAAUGUGUGGACGCCCCGAUGAACCCCGCGGUGGCGCAGGAGCGGGCCCCCGGCACCCGUCUCUCCCCUUCAAUAUUCAACGUUAGCUUGCGCCCGUCGCCACACGAAUUUUAUUUGUCUAAAACGGUGCAUAUUUCAACACGGUUCUUCAACGAUAUCUUCCCGGAUCGCGCCUUC